AUGGCAGAAGUGCCUGGCGAUCUAGAAAGAGGGAAGGAAGGAAAUGGUCAGCAUGAUGUGCUCCAUCCUCUGAAGCAGAAAUGGACAUAUUGGUAUUUGAACGACGAUCGUCAGGCAUGUUGGGAAGAUCGUCUCAAGCCUGUAUGUACGUUCAGCACUGUUGAGGAGUUCUGGGCGCUCUACAACAAUAUCCGGCCUCCUUCUGGAUUAAGCUGCUUGUGUGACUACAAUGUGUUCAAAUAUGGUAUUCAGCCAAUGUGGGAAGUACCAGAGAAUCGCAAGGGAGGACGCUGGCUGAUCACUAUCGAAAAAGGACGACCAGGAGAGAUCAUGGAUUUGAUUUGGCUAGAAAUCCUGAUUGCGAUGAUUGGCGAGCAGUUUGGUGAUGACAUGGAACUUAUUUGUGGCCUAGUUUGCAAUGUUCGUGGCAAAGGAAGCAAGAUUAGCAUGUGGACAAAGGAUUGGAGUGCAGAAGAAGGAAAUAUGAGGAUUGGACAAGUUCUAAAGAAUAAACUUCUCGGCGCAGAAGUUCCUCCUGGUUGCACAACACCGUUGUUCGACUGGUUGAAAUACGAAGAUCACGAUAGUUGUCAGAAAAAGAGUGGAAGUACUGUUAAGGCAAAGUUAUCGAUAUCAGCUGUGAAUCAAAUGCCGGAGAGGAACUGA